AUGCAUGUAAUUUGUAGUGCCUCAAGUGUAAACCACAGUGUUUAUGUGGGUAAAGAAUUCACUAAAUAUUCCUAUAUCAAACCUGAACAAGAUAUACAUCCACUUGUCCAUGUUCAACACAGAUCAAUCUACGUGACGUUGGCGGGGGCCGUUUUGUUUGUUAUUUUCCUGUGUACAACACUGGUCUCAGCAACACGCAGUUCCAUGGAUUACGAACCGGAGUUUGAUUACUAUCCUGAAUAUGGCUACGAGCCUAGCGCGUUUUCAUUCGACGGUCGAGGUGGUUUAGCUCGAUUCGGAAAGCCAUGGCCUCGUGGUGCAUUCGUCAAACGUGGUCAAUUUUUGCGUCUUGGUUAA